AUGCGAUUUUUUAGUAAUUUUUUUUUUCUUUUUCUUUUCAGUGCGUUUUUGUUUUAAAGUCCCACUAAACAAAGGAUGUUAUCUUUCUGGACUCCAUCGGAAGGAAAGUGAGAGAAAAAAGACUAAAAGAAAAAAGAAAAAAAAAAAAUAAAUAAAAAAAUAAAAAUGCUUGCGCUUUUAGCAAACAAAAGAAAGAAAACGAAAACAAAGUUAAAGUGAGAAUUUUUAUUUGGAUUCCUCCAUUUUGAUCCUUAUGCCUCUGAAGCUCUCUGCUGUCAGCUUGUAAUCUGUGAUUUGGGUCUUGCAGAUUUAAGCCAGAAGUGAAGUGGGUCUUUCCCUUUUUCCUCUCUAUCUCUCUUGUUUGGUUAUGGUAUUUUGGCAUUUUAUGAGGAGAUUGGGUGGGCUAUAAUGUGGGUUUGGUCAAGUUUCUGGUAGAGAUCUUACGUAACCGUUGGUGGGGUGUUUGGUCUUUUCUGGUUUUAGUGCUUUAUUUAUUGAAGAUACUAAUGAUAUUUUGUUGUAAAAGCUAAAAGGCAUGAUUACGGGUUCUAGUUGUUCAUUUCUUUGAACUGAAAUGAACGUAUUGUAUGACUUUUUUUAAAAAAAAAAAAAAAGUUUUUAUUUUCAUUUUUUAUAAAAUUACCUUUAUUGUAAAUUUAGGUGUGUAUGAACUUAUUGAAAGAAGCCCAUACAGGUGAUGUGAGUAUUCAUAUAUUGGUUUGUAAUUUUCAAAUCUCUUUCGGGGGAAAUUGUGUUCCUGACUGGAAAUCUGUCAUCUUAUAGUAGUGAUUUGGUAUCAGAGGGGACUAUUUUGUUUUUUGGGUAUUUGAUUUUUGGGUAUUUGAUUUUACUUUUCCUUUUUCCCAAUUUUUUGUUUGUGUUUUGAGUUUUUGAAAGAAAAACCCAUCAGGCUGCUGUGGAGAUCUGGGAGUUGUUUCAUCUCUUAUGCCCCAUGAGGAGUUUCUUUCCCUCCGAGUCCUGUAAAGAAACACAGCUCAGUGCUCUGAAUCCACAGUCUUGGCUACAGGUUGAAAGAGGAAAGCUUUCUAAAAUUGCAUCUCACUCCUCUUCUUCUUCUUCCUCAUCCAUAGAAUCUCUCAUCAAGGUUCCUGAGCCACCAAUACUACCAUUCUUUAAACCUGUUGAUUAUGUAGAAGUUUUAGCUCAAAUCCAUGAAGAACUUGAGUCGUGUCCUCCACAAGACCGGUCAAAGCUCUAUUUGUUACAAUUCCAGGCCUUUAGGGGCCUUGGAGAAGGAAAACUGAUGCGGAGAAGCCUACGUUCUGCUUGGCAGAAGGCUAGCACCGUACAUGAGAAGCUCGUUUUUGGAGCAUGGUUGAAGUAUGAGAAGCAAGGAGAAGAGCUUAUAGCUGACUUGCUUGCCAAUUGUGGCAAAUGUGCGCAAGAGUUUGGGCCAAUAGACAUUUCGGGUCAGCUUCCACUUCAAUUGAGUGUCAGUUCCUAUGAGACUGUUUCGAUGAAUGGGAACCAAAUCUCAAAAAAUGUUAUUUUUAGAAGGAAUGAUAAAAUAGUAUGUGAUAGGCAGAAAAUAUCAAGUGUUGCAGCUGCAUUCCAUGCCAUGCUUAAUGGGUGUUUCUCUGAAUCACUUUGUGAGGACAUAGAUUUUUCUGAAAACAAUAUCUCUGCAUCAGGUAUGAGGGCAAUCGAUGAGUUCAGUAAGACUGGUAGUUUGGGUGAUGUCUCUCCAAAUCUUUUGCUGGAAAUAUUAGUUUUCGCAAACAAGUUUUGUUGUGAAAGGCUCAGAGAUGCUUGUGAUAGGAAACUCGCAUCUUUAGUUUCUUCUAGAGAUGAUGCCGUGGAACUCAUGGAAUAUGCUUUUGAAGAGAACUGUCAUGUCCUUGCUGCAUCAUGUUUACAAGUUUUUUUAAAUGACCUUCCUGAUUGUUUAAAUGACAAUCGAGUGGUGGAAAUAUUCAGGCAUGCUGACAGACAGCAAAGAUUGAUCAUGGUUGGGCCGGCUUCAUAUUCACUCUAUUGUUUAUUAAGUGAAGUUGCCAUGAACCUUGAUCCUCAAUCUGAUACAACAGCUUGUUUCCUGGAACAGUUAGUAGGAUUUGCUGAAAAUGACCUGCAGAGAUUGGCUUUUCAUCAAUUGGGAUGUGUAAGGGUCUUGAGAAGAGAAUAUGAAGAAGCAGAACGACUUUUUGAAGCAUCUUUAAAUACGGGCAAUAUUUACUCUGUUGUAGGUUUAGCUAGACUGGGCUACAUAAAGCUUUGGUCAUACGAGAAGCUCAGCUCUGUAAUUUCCACUAUCGCCCCACUUGGAUCGAUGUAUCAAGAGAGGUCAUUAUACCUUGAAGGCGAUCAGAGGUGGGAAGAUCUUGAGAAAGUGACUGAGUUAGAUCCAACUCUUUUACCCUUUACUUACCCUUACAUGUAUCGUGCAGCUUCCCUAAUGCUGAAAGAGAAUGUUCAAGCUGCGCUUGCAGAAAUUAACCUUCUUGGGUUUAAACUUGCAUAAGAAUGCUUGGAACUUCGGUUUUGUUUUUAUCUUGCUCUUGAGGAUUAUCAAUCAGCCAUUUGUGAUGUUCAAGCUAUCCUUACUCUCUCCCCAGACUAUAGGAUGCUUGAGGGACGGGUAGCAGCAUCCCAAUUUCGUACUCUAGUUCGUGAGCAUGUUGAGAAUUGGACAACUGCUGAUUGUUGGCUGCAAUUAUAUGAUUGAUGGUCUUCUGUGGAUGACAUUGGUUCUCUCUCUGUUAUUUAUCAAAUGCUUGAAUCAGAUGCAGCAAAAGGUGUUCUAUACUUUAGACAGUCAUUGCUUCUCCUCAGGUUAAACUGUCCAGAAGCAGCCAUGAGGAGUUUGCAAUUAGCUCGCCAACAUGCAUCUAGUGAACAUGAACGGCUGGUCUAUGAGGGUUGGAUCUUAUACGAUACAGGUCAUUGUGAGGAGGGCCUCCAAAAAGCUGAGGAUUCUAUUAAGAUCAAGAGAUCCUUUGAGGCUUUCUUUCUCGAAGCAUAUGCACUUGCUGACUCUAGCCAAGACCCAUCUUGUUCUUCAACUGUUGUUUCUCUUCUUGAAGAUGCCCUGAAGUGCCCCUCAGACAGGCUGCGGGAAGGUCAGUAUAUGGAUGCCGAGAGCCUCGUAACAAAGGCUUGUAACCAAGUACAGCAUAUGGAUGCUUAUAAGCAGUUACAUUACUAGCUACAUGACAUUAAUUUGGUGUCCUUUCAAAAUUCAAAACCCCUUCCUAAAGCAAAACUGUCAGGUUCCAAAAACUGUUUAGUUAUUCCAUCAUACAAAAUAUAAACAGGGUUUAAUAUCCUUGUCGUGUACUCUAAUAUAUAUAUAUAUAUAUAUAUAUAUAAAAGAAAGAGAAUAAAAUAAUAGUACAUGGCCAGAUUAUUGUAAAGGACUUUUCUGGCACUGAACAAAUAGGGUAGGACUAGUAUAUAUAUACUAUAUUAAAAUGGCCAAAUCCAGAGGAAUAUAUGUUCAAAUUAAGUUGAUUAAUUUGAGUGUUUUAGAAUGUCGUCUUCCUCGUUUGUAAUUGAUGAGAGCAAGAACAUGGAAAUUCUGUUUCAAGUUGCCUUGAAAGGCAAGUGGGGAGAAGUAGAGAAAAUAGAUGAGAAGGAUCCACGGUCUUACAAGUUGAAGAUAACAAGGAUGGGUGGUACAGCUCUGCAUAUGGCAGUGGCAGAAGAGCAAGAGAGUGUUAUUAAGCUCGUGAAUGAGAUCUGCAAAAACGAUAUCGGAGCACUGAAAAUAGAGAACGACAGAGGGUAAACCCCUCUACAUCAUGCAGCGUCCGUUGGCCGAGGCUGAUCCUUCACUUCUUGGAAUCUGUACCAAGAACAAAGACAUUCCUCUCUUCGUUGCUUCUCUACAUGGAAAGAUGGAUGUUUUUCUCUGCCUACAUUCAGUGAUCAUUUGCUCCUCCUCCUCUUCUGACCGCUAUAAUACUAGGAGACUCACCGACGGCGAGACUGUUCUACAUGUUGCAAUCGCUCGUGAGUUUUUGGUAUGAGUUAUAAUUUCACUUUUAAUUCAAUAAUUUCGCUUUCAAAUAAUUCACUUGUUUAAGAAUCUUUGUGGUUCUAUGAAUGAGCAAGGGUUAACUCCACUCCAUGUUUUGGCCACUAAGUCAUCUGCCUUCGCAAGUGGUACUUACCUUCUACGAUGUAAGAGAAAUGUAGGUACUAGAUUUUUAUGUUGAACCACGGCCAUGUUUAAUUAUGCAUCUA